UUUCCGGUCUUUUCUUCCCCCUCACAAAUUUCCAAAUAAUCCACAUCCCAGGCACGGACAGGGUCUGUGAUUCCCGCCAGGGGUGACUAGGCUAAGCACAGAACGAUGCUGAAAUUUGUGAUAUUAUCCCUUUGCGCGUGGUUUGUGGUGGGCAGCUCAGUUCACACUCACAGAGGGGCACACCUGGACAUCACCGAUGCCCUGGAGGAGCAUCUGGCGCAGGGACAAACCACUUUAAACGAGAUGUUCAGGGAAGUGGAAAAACUGAUGGAGGACACGCAGCAAAAACUAGAGGAGGCUGUUCACCAGAUGGAGAAUGAGUCUUCAAAAUCGUUGCUACAUGGACGCAACUUUCCAGACAGUUUUCACAAUGAAACUACGACAGUGAUCAAGGUUGGAAAUCGGACUGUUCAGCUGAUAGAGAGAAUCGACAAGGAAACAGAUGAUAAAACUGGAAAGACUAAUUUUUCCAGAACUCUCAUUCAGAACACUGAACGUUGGAAUGAAGUAGAUCACGAGUGCAUGAUUGAUGAGGACUGUGGGGACGGCAGCUUCUGCCUGUAUGAAAUCAUCACCUCCAAAUGUGUCCUGUGCCAGACAACUAAUAUGGAGUGCACGAAGGACGUGGAGUGUUGUGGAGAUCAGCUGUGUGUGUGGGGUGUUUGUUCUCAGAACAGAACUCAAGGACAGUCUGGAACAAUCUGUCAGUACCAGAGCGACUGCAGUCCUCAACACUGCUGCGCCUUUCACAAAGCCCUGCUCUUCCCCGUGUGCCGCCCCAAGCCACAGGAAGGCCAGGGUUGCCACAGUCACCCCAAUCAGCUGAUGGAUCUGUUACUGUGGGACGAGGAGGGGCCGCGGGAGCACUGCCCCUGUGCUGCAGGCCUGCACUGCCAGCCUCUCAAUAAUAAAUCAUUGUGUGUGGAUGAGAGGAACACUUCUGGUGAAGGAAAUGCGGACUGAUCGCUCCCAAACAAACUGAACAUUAAACAGUGUUGUAAUUUGACUCUAUUUGUAACAUCAAAGUGCCUUUGUCCUCCUAAUUCAAUAGGAGUAGAUUUAAUUUAUACCUUUUUUUUGUGUGUAAUUUGUGUGCUACUAUGUAAUAUGGAAUUACAAAUGUUUUAAAUAGUAUUUUGAUAAGACAAUGACAAUGUCCUGAAUAUGUGGACCUAGCUGGGCAUUAUAUUCCUUCCAAAUAAAUAUGAUUUAUGAGA